AGGACAAAAUAUGUUGACGGCUUUUAUGUUUAUCAAUUACUCAUCUCCAUUUUUUGUUUCUUAUACAAAAGAUCACAGAAAAAUGGAGCAAAAGAAUGAAGAAACUAGAAUUCAAAUCUCUAACCCAAAUAACCCAGUAGAUGAAUCACCACAAUUUCCAUCUGCACUGCAACAGCCAAUGUUGCACUCUCAGGAAUAUACUGCACGGCGCGCAGUGGCUAAUGGAGUACAGAUAACUCUAUCAAAGACAGCUAUGUUGGCGAACUGGUUACCAACAGGAACACUACUUACAUUUGAAAUGAUAAUUCCGACCGUUGCUGGUGAUGGUCAAUGUACACCAGUGAAAACUACUAUGAUGGUAGUAUUAUUGUGUCUUUGUUUUGCUUCUUGUUUCUUUUUCCAUUUUACAGAUAGUUUUAGAGGACCAGAUGGGAAAUUUCAUUAUGGGUAUGUUACGCCAAGAGGAUUGGCUUUGUUCAAACCAAAUCUUGGAGUUGAAACGCCAAAAGAUGAAAGGUAUAAGUUGUGUUUUUCCGACUUCGUUCAUGCACUCAUGUCUCUAGCAGUCUUUGCUGCAAUUGUUGGCGGGGAUCGUAGAGUUACACAUUGUUUACUCAGGAAACAUGUUAAGGAAAUCGACGAAGUAAUGGAGAGUCUUCCAUUAAUAAUCGGUGUUAUCUGCAGUGGGUUGUACCUUGUAUUCCCUAACACUCGUUACGGAGUUGGUUGCGUAGUUACUUGAAGCUUUAAGGGGUUGGUUGCGUAGAUACUUGAAGCUUUAAGGGUUUGAUCUUUCUUUUAGUAUGCUCUGGGGUGUAAGACUACUAUUAUUGCAAACUCAAAAGCUAGUGCACAACAGUUCUCCACUUCUAGAUGCUGCAACUAAAUAGCACGUUAAAGGUGCAUACCAGUAUAUCCAUAAAGCCGGUUGGAAGGAACCUCGCCCUACAGAUAAACAAAGACUGACUGUGUAAGUGUCAGGUAUAUGUCCUGCUGGGUAUCUUGUAACAGCUAAUUCACUACAUCAAUAAUAUCUCUUUCGGAUA